AUGGAUGGUAAAAAGUCUAUUUCAAAUUUAUUUUCAUAUGCCAGUGGUAAUUCAAAAAAUUUACUUACCGAAAGUGAAUCUAGGAAACAUUCAAUUUGUACAAUUUAUAAUGGAAAAAAUUGUUUGACCCCGUGUUAUGAGUAUCCCUAUUAUACAUCUAAUAUUCAAUCUUAUGGCGUUAUUGAAGAACAUCUUAAAGGUGCUAGUAAUGGGUUAAAUAAAUAUCCUUCUCAGUCAUCUAUCGAUACCAAGAAACCGAAAAAGAGUUUAUUGUACAUUAAUUCAUCAAGUAUUGGAAAAUUUUUUGAAAAUCAAUUUAAUACAAAAUUAUUUUUUAUGGAUUGA